UAAAGUGGCACGUCACAUCACUAUUGAUAUAUUUUCUGCGAAGUUGGGGAAUCGUGCAUUUUGCCAUUGUUUAUUAUUUAUUCUGAAUAUUCCAGAAAGAUUUCUAAUCCCUUUGACUGUGUAAUAUCAUAAAUUUUACAACAGUUAUUCCUGUAAAUCGGAGUGAAAGUGCAAUCAAAGCGGAAACUAGGCUAUAACGGGGUACCCCGUUAUUCUACCAUUUACAUCCAAAACUUAUUAUGCCUCAUGAUUUAAAGGAGUUGGGUGGAAGGAAACCAGUAGUAAUGGCUCCCUUGUCGCCGACUCCUUGCGCGGAGAUCAGUGAUGAUGAGCUGGUCUCCAUCUCUGUGCGAGACCUGAACAGGCAGCUGAAGAUGAGGGGACUUACUCGAGAUCAGAUUGUCAGGAUGAAACAACGUCGUAGAACGCUGAAAAACCGUGGUUACGCGGCCUCGUGUAGAAUCAAACGCAUUGAGCAGAAAGAUGAGUUGGAGACUGAGAAAAGUCAGGAAUGGCACGAUAUGGAACUCAUGCAGGACGAAAACAACAGAAUUCGGGAAGAAGUAGAAGCAUUAAGAGGAAAGUAUGAUGCUCUGAAACGAUUCGCCAUCAUGAAGAAUAUACCCUUACCACCAGAAUUGGAAAUACAGCCUUGAAGUGUUAAAGUGUAGUUUAAGUUAAGUAAGUUUUGUGGCGGAUACACUGCGGAUUCCUAUAACCUAUCUACGCUGUUAUGCUGUUUUGCGAUAAGAGAUUGGAAUUUGACAUGUAAUUCGUAUGAGGCUCAUGCCAGUUUUCAAUUUCUUAUCGCAAAUCAACGGAUAGGUUAUAUAAAUUCGCCGAUAAUUAGUGUAGAUCAUUAGGGAUAACUUUAAUGACAGAAUUUUGUUCUUAAAAAAAAAUAUUUAUAAACAUCCCAAAUGAAAACCUCUUUUUGGGUAAAAUAUAAAUCAUGAAUGAAAAAUAUAAAAAUUAUUUGGCUAUUGAACAAUCUGCCUAUGUGUAAGUUAAAAUAAUGGGUAUAGGAGAUGUGAUAUGUAAAAUAGGAUAUGUCCUAUUUUAUAGGUGUGUUUACAAAUGUACAUGCCUUAUGCAAAAUGUAUGUUUACCCAAGAGUUUUAUUUUGUAAGUCAUAAGCAUAUUUUUGAUGUUUACGAUAGCUGAAGUAAAGAUACACAGAUUCCUCUCCCAAUAUUGCCAUUUUUGCCGUAAUUUAGAGGGAUUUUUUAUCAAAAUGUAGUGGGGAAUUCAAAUUUAGGAUGGUUUUUUGAUGUUUUGCUUAAGUUAGCAUUCGAUUUGAGGCGUAAUUUUAUCGAUCGCCCUGAAGUAAAUAAAGUUCUUACAAAUAAUAAAGUUUUAAUAUAAAAUACAACAAAAUGCUUUGAAUUUCACGAAAAUGCAUGAAAAUGCUUUAGAAGGUUGUAUAUGGUUUGUGAAAUAAAAAUGCAAUUGUAUCAAUACCUGAAUACUUCGCUUUUGUAGUACCUACUUUUAUAUUUUUUAGGCUAUAUAUUAUAGUUAAUUUAGGUAAUUCAUUUAUUAAUUUACGUUGUAUAAAAAUAAGUUACCUGAUAUUAAUAAGAACGGUUGACGGCCAUUAACUAAAGUUUCAUAAUUUUUGAAAUAGUAUAGAAUCAAAAAAUAUAUUUUCAAGCGAUGGCGUCAACUUUGUCUAUGAAUUAUUUAAUUUUAGUAUUAAGUAUAAAAUUGUAGAAACAUUUAUUUAUAUACCUGAAUAAAUAGUACGUAAGAUA